AUUAAUGGUCUUGACUUUUAUAAUAAAAACUAUUCAGCAGAAGAAUAUAAGGAAACUAGAAAAAAAUUAAUUACUAAAAUAGCGAAAGAAAAUGAUAUUAUUGAAUUAUUAAAAUUUAUAGUUCACCUUACUGCCAUAGAUGAGAGUUUAAUUUAAUGUGGAUCUAAUUCCCUUAAUCUAUUAGUAGAAAUGUAGAUAGAUCUAAAAGAAUAAUGCUUUGAAAAUAUCAGAAUUCAAGAUACUUCAUUGAGAAAGGCAAAUUUUGUGAGAUGUAAUUUGAGCUAAUCUGUUUUUUAUAAUGUAGACAUUAGUGGAAUGAACUUGAGUGGAGCAUAGUUAUUUAAUUGUAAAUGGACAAACAUAAAAAUAAAUGAACUGAAUUAGUUAUAGGGUCAUAGUAGUACUGUUUAGUCAGUAUGUUUCUCUCCUGAUGGCACUAUAUUAGCAUCAGGUAGUUCUGAUAAUUCUAUCCGAUUAUGGGAUGUUAAAACAGGAUAAUAAAAAGCCAAAUUAGAUGGUCAUUCAAGUUGUGUUAAUUCAAUUUGUUUCUCUCCUGAUGGUACUACAUUAGCAUCUGGUAGCUUUGAUAAUUCUAUCCGUUUAUGGGAUGUUAAGACAGGAUAAUAAAAAGCAAAAUUAAAUGGUCAUUCAGAUUAAGUUUAUUCAGUCGAUUUCUCUCCUGAUGGUACUACAUUAGCAUCUGGUAGCUAUGAUAAUUCUAUCCGUUUAUGGGAUGUUAAGACAGGAUAAUAAAAAGCAAAAUUAAAUGGUCAUUCAGAUUAAGUUUAUUCAGUCGAUUUCUCUCCUGAUGGUACUACAUUAGCUUCUAGUAGUUCAGAUAACUCUAUCCGUUUAUGGGAUAUUAAAACAAUAUAAUAAAAAGCCAAAUUAGAUGGUCACUCUGAUUAUGUUCGAUCAGUCUGUUUCUCUCCUGAUGGUACUACAUUAGCUUCUAGUAGUGCAGAUAAGUCUAUUCGUUUAUGGAAUGUUAUGACAGGAUAAGCACAAGCAAAAUUAGAAGGUCAUAGUGGAACUGUAUAUUCAAUAUGCUACUCGCUUGAUGGUGCUAUAUUAGCAUCUAGUAGUGCAGAUAAGUCAAUCCGUUUGUGGGAUGUUAACAAAAGAGAAUUAUAAGCCGAAAUUGAAAGUCAUAAUAGAACUCAUUAUUCAUUAUGUUUCUCACCUGAUGGUAGUAUAUUGGCAUCUGGAAGUGAUAAUUCUGUUAAUAUAUGGGAUGUUAAAACAGGAUAGUAUAAAACAGAAUUAGAUGGUCAUAAUAGUACUAUUUAUUCAGUGUGCUUCUCUUUUGAAGGUAGGACAUUAGCUUCUGGAAGUAAUGAUAACUCCAUCCGUUUAUGGGAUGUUAAGACAGGAUUAUAAGUAGCAAAAUUCGAUGGUCAUAUAUGUUUUUCACCUGAUGGUACUAGAUUAGCAUCAGGUAGUUCUGAUAACUCUAUGAGAAUAUGGGAUGUUCAAACAGGAAUAUAAAAAGCCAAAUUAGAUGGUCAUAGUAGUACUAUAUAUUCAGUCAGUUUUUCACCUGAUGGUACUACAUUAGCAUCUGGUAGUUCUGAUAAUUCUAUCCGAUUAUGGGAUGUUGAGUUAGAAUAAUAAAAAGCCAAAUUAGAUGGUCAUAAUAGUACUAUAUAUUCAUUGUGCUUUUCACCUAAUGGUACUACAUUAGCUUCAGGCAGCUCUGAUAACACUUUGCGUUUAUGGGAUGUGAAGUCGGGGUAAUAAAAUAUCGAAUUAGUCUCUCACACUAGUACUGUAUAUUCAGUCUGCUUUUCCCCUGAUGAUAUUACAUUAGCAUCAGGUAGUGCUGAUAAGUCUAUCCGUUUGUGGGAUGUUAAGACAGGAAAUUAAAAAGCCAAAUUAGAUGGUCAUAAUAGUACUGUAUACUCAAUCAACUUCUCACCUGAUGGAGCAACUUUGGCUUCUGGGAGUUAUGAUAAGUCUAUUCGUUUGUGGGAUGUUAAGACAGGAAAUUAAAAAGCCAAAUUAGAUGGUCAUAAUAGUACUAUAUAAUCAGUAUGCUUCUCACCAGAUGGCAAGACACUGGCAUCUGGAAGUGAUGAUGAUUCUAUCCGUUUAUGGGAUGUUUAGAUAGAAUAAGAAAAGGCCAAACUAGAUGGCCAUAGUUGUGCUGUGUAAUCAGUAUGCUUCUCUCCUGAUGGAACUACAUUAGCAUCGGGAAGUGAUGAUAAAUCUAUUCGUUUGUGGGAUUUUUAGAAAGGUUAUUAAAAAGCCAAAUUAGCUGGUCAUGGUGGCAGUGUGAAUUCAGUAUGUUUCUCACUUGAUGGUACUACCUUAGCCUCCGGUAGUUCUGAUUACUCUAUCCGUUUAUGGGAAGUUAAGUCAGGAUAGUAAAAGGCAAAAUUAGAAGGUCAUAGUAGUGUUGUUUGGUAAGUAAGCUUUUCUUCAGAUGAGACAUUAGCAUCCGUUAGUUAUGAUAAAUCGAUCCGCUUAUGGGAUAUUAAGACAGAAUAAUAAAAAACAAAAUUAGAUGGCCAUGUUUGUAGCGUAUACUCAGUAUGCUUUUCACCUGAUGGUAUUAUGUUAGCAUCAGGUAGUGCUGAUAAGUCUAUCCGUUUGUGGGAUGUUAAGACAGGAAAUAAAAAAGCCAAAUUAGAUGGCCAUAAUAGUACUGUAUAUUCAAUCAACUUCUCACCUGAUGGAGCAACAUUGGUAUCUGGGAGUUAUGAUAAGUCUAUUCGCUUGUGGGAUGUUAAGAAAAAAUAAUAAAUAGCCAAUAUCAAUGGUCAUAGUAGUACUUACACUAUUAGCAUCAGGGAGUGCUGA